UUUUUUAAAAAAAAUUAAAAGCUGGUCGUUUUUUCCUCCUCGUAAUCGCUCCUCUCUCUCUCUCUGGGCUUAUAUUACUUCCUAGGUACGGGUUCGGGCGAAGAUAAAAAUCGAAGGAAACAAAUUGUUUCUUGGCUGGGGCGAUGGCGGAGGAGGCGGAGGGGAUGGCGGGACGAGGCGGAGGGGAGAGGAGGUCGAGGUGAGAUGAGAAGAAGCUUCGAUCGGUCGACGAUGGCGCCGCUUUCUUGUUCUCACCACCUCCGGACCGCUGCGGUGCGCGUCGGUACCUCUAAGGCCCAGGCCGGUCUGGCCAAGAUCAUCGCCAUCAUCUCCACCGUCCCUCCUCCACCAAUCGAGCGCCGCGGCGGUAAUUCCGAGGCGGCGCGUGCGGGAGGGCUAGGGUUCGGCAUCGAUUUGAACCUCAGAUUGGGCCCACCGCCGGAGAUCGGAGCAGGAGCAGGAGGAUCGUCGGGGAACGACGAGGAGGAGGAGGAGGAGGAGGGUGGGGACCCCACCGCGCAGAGCGUCGUGGUUGCCGAUGAUGUUGCCGAGCGAGCGGAGUCCGGGGAGGAGUCGACGGUGGAGAAGGGCUCGGGGAGGGCCCCGCGUGCGGUGGAGGAGAGCCGCGCCAUCUCCCCGGCGGGGAGGAGCUCCGAAGGCGAAUGCGAUCCGGAGGAGGAAAGCCGGAAGGAAGCGGCGGAAGGAGCCAAAGAAUCAUCCGGGAUCACGACUGCUCCAUCGAGGAAAGCGGACGACGGCGACGAAGAGGAGGAGGCGGUGGUGGAGGUCGUCAAGAAAGAACGGGACGAAGAGGCGAAAGAAACCAAAGGCGGCGGCGCCGGAGAAGGACGGGAUGAAGCGGGUAGGAAUCCUAGGAAGGGCAACGGAAGCGGGGGUUAUCUGGACCUGCUCCUGGAGGCAGUGCGGCAGGUCUCCGGCGGGUUGUUCGACGAGGAGCCGGCGAAGGAGAAGGAGGAGACGGCGGACGCGGAGGAGGAGAGGCCGUCGAAGAGAAGAGCGGCGGGGGUGGCGCAAGGCUCGAAGAGGAGAGGGGCAGGGUGGCUGCCGUUCGAUCUGUACGUGGAUUCGGCCCCCAUCGUCCGAUCGAAGCGCGGGCGGAACCAGGCGCUGCCGUCGCGUUACCGGGACUCCGUCCUCGACCCGUGGCGGAAGCUGCCGACGGUGACCCGCCACCGUCGGGCGGCGAGACCCUGAAACCGCCUGAACAAGAGGAGUUCUGACCCCAUCUACCCAUCCCAUCCCACGUCGCCGGAGCUUAAGCCUGCAGGUAGACCGGGUUAAAGCUCAUGCUACUAUGAAGCGAGGAUCGACGUCAAUUGGAAUCGUAUCCGUAUGCUCUUUCCCAACUAGCUUUCUUUUUUCUUUCACUACCUUAUUUUAUCAAUUAUUAGACCUUUACCAAUUCUCUUUCUGCUAAUUUGGAAUCAAAGCAAGCAUCGAUACCGCUUGAAAUGGAA